AAAGGAAAAACGAAUUGCACGCUGUCGCACACGAUCUGCAGACAAGAGAGAACUGCCGGGCACACGAUCUUAACACAAACGAAGAUUCAGACGACGUAAGAGUUGAUCGGUACUCACCCCUCACUCAAUUUACGGUUCAUACAGAAAGAGGAGAUGAACAAAAUCAAACGGGAGGAGAUUUAUCAAGUCGGCUGACAAGUUUGCAGAUUCACUUGAGCGACGACGAUACUGGCAUUGAUGCAAGAAGUGGCGCACUUCUUCAGACCAAAGCCAGGAGUGAUUAACACCGCGUUCAGUUUUAAUGAAAAUUUGAUUUUAAGGAGUGAUCAGCCAUUGAGUGCAGAUAGAUCGAAUUGUAGGUUUGCUUCAAGAGGCUUGGUUCUAUUCAGCGAUUCGUUUGUUCAUGUGUUUUGCAAGAUUGUGAUUGAAAGAGCAGGUAUAGCACUGCACCUAGCAAGCAAAUGUUCAUGCCUAAAUUCAGGUCUGAAAUGCAAUUUUAUGGGUUCAAACCAGGUAAGUUUAUUGGUUUUUUGUUUAAUUGUGCUUAAGAUGUAGUUCUCUGUACAUCUUUCAUAUUGAGGGCCAUAAUGAGUAUGGGUAUAUUAAGAUGACCAAGUAUAAACUAUGGCAGCUGUGAGGGCCUCUGACAAAGAUGCACUAAUUAAUAUUAGCAGACACCAAUACGAAAGGACUGAAACAAUAGUCGAAUAUAACUAAUAUCACGAAGACAAGUUUGCAGGUUCAAUAUUAAGAUAUAAGCAGUAAAUUGUUUAUGCCAAAUUAGGAACUAAAAUAUAAGCAGUAAACAAGAGUGUCAUAUACUACAUCUUUUCCACUUGCUUUGAAUCAUGCUUUCAUAUAUGACUGUCAUAUAUGUGUGGGUGGGUUUUGUACUUCAUGCUUUAGUUAAACAAAAGUGAGAUAGUGUCUGACAUAUGUAUGGAUUCUAUGUCAUUCAUCUUGAACUCUUUUUUUUUU